UUAUGCCAAGAUAAAGAUUAGGUAAUAAGGUAGGUUAGUAGUAAAAAAAAUGAAUAUUAAGUAUUAAACAUCUCAAAAAUAUAUGAAUCAUCUAAUCGGAGGAGAUGGGUACUUUAUUUUGUAGAGAAAAUAUUUUAAAAACCACACAUGUCUAAUAUUUAGAUAUUAAUUUAUAAUCUAUUAAAUAUAUUUAUUUAACCUUUAUUAGAGGUUACAUAGAUUUAUAAAAUUAACACUGUACUUAAGUAUAUGAUAUUAUUAUGUAAUUAAACACAACAAAAUACCUAAUUCAAUAUUCAUUGUAAUAUUAACAUAAAAAAAUAAAUAUUUAAACCGCUAAAAUUUAAAAAAAAUUGUUGAAAACAUAGAUUGUAAAUAUUGACCUCAGGUUAAGUUUUUUAUUCUAGUAAACCAAUCUAGGUUAUGUAAUGAUAAGAAACUUCCUUUAUAAGAAAAUAAAACAGUUAUCUCUAAUCAGUAAUCAGUAUUCAGUGGUCAGUGUUUGAUCAGUGUCAAAAUUUUUAAUAUUUUUCCAAUAUUACUAAGUUGUGUCAAUAUGCCUAUGAAAAGUUAUAUACCAUACUCUAGCGAAUCACAUUUUCCAAUAGAAAAUUUACCAUAUGGUGUAUUUUCAACUGUCGACGAUUCAACACAUCGAAUAGGAGUUGCUAUUGGUGAUAAAAUUCUGGAUUUAAAAUACUCCAAAAAUGUUUUUGACCAUCCUUUAUGUGAAGUAUUUCAACAGCCAUCGCUUCAAAGUUUAAUGGCUUCAAAUAAGAACACGUGGUCCCAAGCUCGUAAGUCGAUUCAAUCUUACUUAAGCAUUGAGAAUUGCGGGAAUUUGGAAAACGGUGUAUUUUGGGAUCAAAAUGAAGUCAAAAUGCAUUUGCCCACUACAAUAGGUGAUUUUACUGAUUUUUUUUCAUCAUAUUAUCACGCUUACAAUUGCGGUUCCCUCAUGACACCUAAUAAACCUAUAGCAGAUAAUUGGAAAAAUAUGCCAAUUGCAUAUCAUGGUCGAGCAUCAUCAAUUAGAAUAUCCGGUACACCAGUUGUUCGACCAAAUAGCCAGUAUUUAAAAGACGGACAAGUGACAUUUGGUCCUACAGAAAUGUUAGACUAUGAACUAGAAGUGGCAUUUUUUGUGGGGGGUUCAUUGAAUUCUUUGGGUGAACCAAUACCAACCAAUAAAGCUUCAGAUCACAUAUUUGGUAUGGUUUUAUUGAACGAUUGGAGUGCCAGAGACACACAGAAAUGGGAAUCAUAUUUUCUCGGGCCAAUCCUUUCAAAAAAUUUUAUUACAACCAUUUCACCCUGGAUAGUGACAAUGGAAGCUUUAGAAGAAUUCAAAACGGAUAACUUUAAACAAGAUCCAACGCCGUUGAAGUAUUUACUGCAUGACAUUAAGUACAAUUUUGACAUCAAUUUAAACGCAAGUGUCCGUGAUCAAAAAUCACAGCAAACUCAUUCAAUCUGUAACACCAACUAUAAGUAUAUGUACUGGACUCCAUUACAACAAAUCGCUCAUCAUACCAUUAAUGGCUGCAAUUUACAACCAGGCGAUUUAUUGUCAUCUGGAACAAUUAGUGGUCCUGAAGAAGAACAGCGUGCUUGUUUGAUAGAGAGAACUCGCGGAGGAAAAAUAUUUGUAGACCUAGGUGAAAGAAAGUUGAAAUUUUUUGAAGACGGCGAUGAAGUAACAUUAUCAGGAUUUUGUCAAGGAAACGGAUACAGAAUUGGUUUUGGCAACUGCAGCAGCCAAAUUCUUCCAGCAAAAAACUUAGCCUAAAGUAUAAAAAUAAUCUAUAUGUAUUUUGUUGUUUUUAUUGAUUCUGAGUUUGGAAAAUAUUGUAGUAGGAUUUUUUCUUAUAUACUUUAAUAGUAGUUGUAUUAUAUAAUGGAGGAUAAGAUUGUAUGUUUUUUAUAAACUAGUUGGAUUUGAAAUACAAUAUAAUAUUUUCCUUAACAAA